UGUUCGCCCGCCUAUAGUUUACCGACGUGUGCCUUGCUGAUUAUCUUGAGUAGUUGGAGUGAUUCAAACUAUUCUACUGUGAUGAGUUGAUCAAAGUAGAACUUCUUAUUAUGAAGCUUGUAAUCUUCAAAGUGUGUACUUGCUGACUAAUUCCGUAAAAUGAUACUAAUACAUCGUUUACCACUUCUACUGGAGUCAUAAGUAUCCCUUCUCGAUUUGGGAUAUUCAUAUAUAAUCAUCAACCUGGAGUGAUUGCUUUGAACAGCAUCGACGAUAUGUGAUUACAUCAUCAACUCUUUUGAACAAAAACAACGAUAUGUGUGUGAUUUCAUCAUUCACCCUUGUAAUGAUUAUUUGAAAUACUUUAUGGUUCCCACUAUCUAGAAAUCGUUUUUUUUUUACUGGCUUUCGUCUGUUUCCUGAGCUUAUACCACUAUCAAUCGAAAUUCAACAAUGGGAGAGAUUGUGCAUCGUUGAUUACCAUCUGGAAAAUUGUGACUAUAAAUCUUGUAAGCUCUUGAAAUGUGAUUUUUCCAUAGAUUUUCUUUAAUAAAUUCUUGGUGACAGUGUAGCUCUAACCAAUCGCGGUGCUGGACGUGCCGAGAAUUUCCGGACACUGCUGAUAAAUAAUAAUAAAUACAACCGUUUAAUGAUUGAUUGAUCAAUAAUGAUAAACUACUUAGUUUUUUGUCCAAUUAAUAUGUUACGAAGCCUGGAAAACAGCUGUGCAUCCUGAUGUGCUAUUUGAUAAAAUUUAAAUGUUUGAGAAUUUUUAAAGUGAAAACCUACACCAAAUUCAAUCAGAUUCACAUAAUUGUUAUGUCCUAGUCUGAUGAACAAUUAUUGCGUCUACUUCCACCAACUUCCAUUGGAGUAGAGUAACUCAUUGGACCUAAAUUAUAAGUCAUUUUAGAUAAGUAAUUUUAGAUACAAGUUAUUCCGUCAACCCUAAUUCCUCUGAGAAGGAUAAGAACUUUUCCCUUGAUCUGUCUCUAAUUUCCAUCAGGCUCUAGUCCUUAGUUGAAAAGGAAUUUCAGAGGCACUGAAAUUUUAGUGAAGUGUAGAUAGUAUUCAAACUUUUUUCACAUUUUAUUUCCUAUUUGUUGGGCAUUAAGUAGGAUCUCACCUUCUCUUAUAAUCUAGUGAUGAAAAAACCAACUGACAAAUUCAAAUCUAAACUCAACUUAACUGAUCAACAUAAGUUUAUAUUCAAAACCAAACUUGAUUUACUUGAUUAAUAGAAGUUCAAAUUCAAAUCCAAACUCAAUUCACUUGAUUGACAGAAGUACAGAAGGAAUGUUGUAAUACUCAUACAGACACGAAGUUUACUCUAUAGUUUUUCGUGAAAGAAUGAUAAGUGUCGCCCCCUCGGCAAUGAAAUGAAACUGGCCAGCCAGUAUUAUGAAAAUCAAAUCGAUUCAGUGGCGGAAUACUAGAUUCAAGAUUAGCAGGCCACAUGAGCAGUUAUGGACCGUUUGUUGCACCUGGUGCCACCCGCCACCAAAGGCAACCUGGUGACGAUGAUGGUGCACUCCUACUACGAGACCAACUCGUCGGCUAACUUGGACCUGAGUGCGUCGACCCGCCACGGCGAGUCACUCUUCAACUUCAGCAUGCAGGAGGCCUACCGCAUCCUCAAGGAGCACCAGAUGAACGAGCGCAUCCUCUACCCGGGCGCCGAGAUCGCCCUCAUCCUCACCUACUCCAUCCUCAUGACGUCGGGCGUCGUCUCCAAUGCGCUUGUCUGCUUCGUCGUCGGCAGGCAGUGCGCUAGGAAAAGGUCAUCGGGAGCGGCGAGCCCAUCACCCCGCAACAUGUACAUAGUGAACCUAGCAGUGGCCGACAUCGCACUGUGCCUGGUCUGCAUGCCGUUCACACUCAUCUCACUGCUGAAGAGGCGCUGGACCCUCGGAUCCAUGCUCUGCAAACUCGUGCCCGUGCUGCAAGGCGCUAACAUAUCUGUCUCAGCCGGCACCAUAGCUGCCAUCGCUCUAGACAGGUAUUUCACAAUAGUGCGCCCUCGGCGCUCGCAGGCCUGCCAGGGCGCCGUCUGCAGUGUGGCGUCGGUCAUCAGUAUUGUGUGGGGUCUCUCCUUCGUCACCAUGAUACCGCUGCUCAUUUUCCAGGAGGUUGAGACUAUAUCUUACGGUGAAUUGAUUCUGUACGAGGCAUGUGUCGAGAAAUGGCCUUCGAAAACGUGGCAGAUAUGCUACACGGGGUGUCUCAUGAUGGCUCAAUUCCUAGUUCCUUUCUUAGUUCUAAGCAUUAUUCAUUUGAAAAUCUCAACAUACCUUGCAGUGAGGGUAUCCACGCCUCCUCGGGAUGCCAACUCUAAAAGAGCAAAGAGAGAAUGGCGCAGAAAUAGGCGUACAAUGGUGAUACUGACGUGUAUAGCAGUGGUGUUUGCAAUCAGCUGGUUACCAAUGACUGUUUUCAGUUUGGUGGCUGAAAUCAAUCCCAGUAUACUAGGAGAGCCCAGCACCAUGUACGCUGUAUUUGCAGGUUGUCAUAUCCUGGCGAUGUCAUCGGCGUGUACGAAUCCACUGCUCUACGGCUGGUUGAACACAAACUUCCGGCGGGAGCUGGCUACGGUGCUGAGGCUACGCGGGCAUGACCCUGAGGGUCAGACGGAGGGUCACGACGCCAAGGAAGCCAUCACACGCGGCGUCGCUCCCAACUCAGUCACCGUCAGGGCGGGCGACCGACGCAUCAGUCUCACCUUCCUCACGUCUCUCACCACCGCCACGGGGUCUCACCGGGGUGCGUCGACCACCGCCCCAUCUGUGGUGCACUUCCACGACAACGCAAGAGCAUCAUGAAGAAAGUCUUCUGCUAUGUCUACUGUGGCAGCGGGUAGGCAGAGCAGUUACAAACCAUUCACAGCUGAGCCGUGCGUCAUUUUCACCUUAUAACUCUCUCCUUAAACCUUAAAAACAAAAUAUCUAUUUCAAGUGAAUAGAUAGUUGAGAUGUGUUUAUUGAGUGUUUGUGCUUUCAUUACUGAACAGUGCUGCUGCUAUUAUUUUAGGUGAGGGGAAGGAUGGAGUACGUGUAGGGCUAAUAAAACUUCCAAGACUUGAUACAUGACUUAAAUUAAUGCAAAAAAGGGAGAGGUAGAGAGCUAUUUUGUUGCUUUUGCGUGGAAUAAUCUCGUGAAAACUGACGUUAAGUGAUGUGUGAAACUAUUGAGUGAUCCAAUGAUUAUAAACAUUCACACUUGCGGUUUCUCAUCUUGACAUCUACUCUUUUUGACCUGACAAGACUGGGCUAUGCGAAGUCCAAUUUCAUUUUCAUAUGAAAUGGACUUAUAAACAAAAUAUCGUCCAUUUAACAGAUUUGGAACAUUUCCUCUCAUCUCCUGUCAACCUAACCAAUCAAAAGUCCCGAUUAUUUUUGUGAAGUUGAUUUCACAAAUAUUAUUCAUUUUUUUAAGAAUAUCACCUAUUUCAAUAUAGGUGAGUGGGUUUCGGUAAAUGACAGAUCAAAGAAGGUGGACCCAAUUAAUGCCCCUAUUAAUGAUUGAUGUAGAUCAUAAUAAUCGUUAUGAAGUGGACUUGGAGCUAUGAUUUUCAUAACCUGACAGACAGUGUGUAGUUUUAAUAUUUUACUGUGGGAUAAGAUUCCGAUCUACAGUUACAUCUUGCAAAAAUGGGUUAUCUUCAUAAGAUAAUAGUUUACCGAAAAAGUGUAACAUGAACGUUAUAAAACUGAUUGAUAUUACCAUUGAGUACAAAACUGCACAAAUUCACCAGUCUACUCAUACAAAUGCCAUUUUGUUUACUUGGCUGGCAUAUUUCAUUUCCAAAUGUCUUUUAUUCUUAUUAGAUCUAUUGUUGUUGAGUGAAUGUACAUAUUUUGUAAAAAUGACUGUACAUAAUUUGUAUUGUAUUAGAGUCAUACUUUAACUAGAUGUAAGUAACAUAGUGCCAAAUUAUUUCAAAGUACCUGACAACCAUUCAUUAGUUACCAUACGUUAUACGAUAACUACGGCAUUCACAUUCAAAAAUAAUUCCAAUAAUGAGAAUCUUGAUAGAGGUUUUAUAAAUUAUUUUCUCUCUAAGAAGGUAGUUCGAUGAUAGAUUAUCAUUCAAAUUGAGAGAAGAGGAAAUUCUAGUAGAAUAUGAAAAACUUUCCUGCCUCUUUUUUGACAAAACAUUGAACCAGAUCAAUGAUAAUUAGAGUUGAGACCGAUUCCCAUAGAAUUCAUCUCAUUAUUUCAUGUUUAUCCUUAAAGAGAAAGGUGGAAAAAAUUGUUUGUAGCUAGGCCUCAGAACCACCGAAAGAACUUUCUAAAUAAAGAACUCUUUGUCGAUGUUUAUCAUGUGAAAUUGUGAAUCGUUUUUUAACAACAGGAUUCGCAAAUUAAUUAUAUGUUUUAAUGACUUCUAAUCAGCAUUCAACUCAUUUCUGCUGUUGAGAUUCAAACGUCCUGUUUCCAAGCCAUGUAUAACAUUCACAAUGCAUGGAUUGUUCACCCUGUUUAUUGCUUAUUGAAAUACACAUGGAUUCUAAACAGUUCGUUUUGAGCCAAAAUAAAUAAAAUCUCAACGUUGAAAGUCAGUUGCUAUGUUGAACAAUAAAAUUCUAUACGUGACAGGUUUUAAUAUACUUUACAUUGGAAAUUUAUAUUCUAGAUAGAGAUUCAUAUACGCGUGUAACAUGAGGUAAAAUGAGUAAGAAAUUCUUGAACAUCGUUGAAAAUGCAAUAUUAUAUCGUUGAAAAAGUAUGAACAAGAGAAGAUUUCUCAUUUCAUUCUGUUGUAAAUAACAGACAUGGAACUCGUAUGCUCCCAGAGAGUAUGGUAUUCAAUAUUCACAUUCUAUAUACUCUGUAAGCUCCUACUCCUGUUAUGCAUGAUAUCAUAAAUAUGAUAUGUAAUGAUGACAUCAUCAAGAUUUUAUCCGCUUUUCUAAGCGCUGUUAUUUUCCUUGUACGAUAUUGACAUAGCGUACUAGAAAUAUUGCCAUACUUCCAAAAUCGAAGCAGCAUAUGCAUUUCAUUCAGAAAUGAAACAUCAGAAUUGUGAUUGCUAUUCAAAUAGAUUCCAGGUUUUGAAUAUUGUUCAUGUUUACGGUAUCGUUUUGAAUAUAUAUGUAAUUCAUUAAUAAAAAUCUUGGUGAUCAUACGUGUAUUUUUCCAACGUAGAACAUCGUAAUAGUUAUAAUAUUCGAGUUGAAUAAUUGUGCAUUUUUCGUGGUUACCAGUUGGAUAAUAGUACAUUUUUCGUGGUUACUUGUUGGAUCUACCAUUUCCUGAAAAUGAGAGAAAAUGAGCCAUUUCUCUCAUUCCUUGAAAUGAUAGUCACAUAAUUUUAAGCACAAUGUUAAAACUUGUUGAAAUUAAUGUUGUCAUUUUCGAGUAAGAACAUUUCUAAACAUUAUACAAAAAUUUUAUAAAGUUAUCAUGGAUGUAUUCCAACUUAAUUUCCAAUAACUAUUAUGAUUCAUCAUUCCGUACAAAAAUAUAACAAUAAUAUAAGUGUUACUGUAUACCAAAGAACACCAUAGUAUAAGUUUAUUUUACAAAAUAAUUCUAGAUUCAAACUACUCAUUUCUUUGAAUACGACUAUAAAUAACACUCUAAAAAUGUUGUAUUGAAAAUAAAACUAAUAUUUU